AUGACGGGGGACACGGGAACUAGGCCGGUUCUGUCCUGGCUGGAGGGCCCGGGGGCCUCGUCUUCUCGCUGCUCUCUUGCUCGUCGUCUCCCCCGUCUCGCUAUGCUGCCCGUCUGGAUCAGAUCUGCUCAGCCUGGAGAUCUCCUUGCUUUCUGCACCCAGCUUCCCGGCUGUCCUUUUAGCGUCGGGGUGGGCCAGCGAUCAAGCGAUCAGGCCCUUAUUUUUUUCGCCUUCGUAUUCCCGCAGGGACAGUGCAAAGGGCGAGAGCAAGCUGAAGAGAAGCUGAAGAAGAAGCAAGAAGAAGAAAGGCUGCUCUCAGCUUAUGUAAGGAAGUACUCCGUAAGUAGUGCUGAGGUAAGCAAAGUCUAA